AUGCGUGAAAUAGUUCAUCUUCAAGCUGGUCAAUGUGGAAAUCAAAUUGGUUCUAAAUUUUGGGAAGUAAUUUCUGAUGAACAUGGUAUCGAUCCAACAGGAACAUAUCAUGGUGAUUCAGAUCUUCAACUUGAACGUAUCAAUGUUUAUUAUAAUGAAGCAGCUGGUGGUAAAUAUGUUCCACGUGCUAUUCUUGUUGAUCUUGAACCAGGUACAAUGGAUUCAGUACGAAGUGGACCAUUCGGACAACUUUUUCGACCAGACAACUUUGUUUUUGGUCAAUCAGGUGCUGGUAAUAAUUGGGCAAAAGGUCAUUAUACAGAAGGUGCUGAAUUAGUUGAUUCUGUUUUGGAUGUCGUACGUAAAGAAGCUGAAUCAUGCGAUUGUCUUCAAGGUUUUCAAUUGACACAUUCACUCGGUGGUGGUACUGGUUCAGGAAUGGGAACAUUAUUAAUUGCAAAAAUUCGAGAAGAAUAUCCAGAUCGUAUCAUGAUGACAUUUAGUGUUGUUCCAUCACCAAAAGUAUCAGAUACAGUUGUUGAACCAUACAAUGCAACAUUAUCUGUUCAUCAACUUGUUGAAAAUACAGAUGAAACGUAUUGUAUUGAUAAUGAAGCAUUAUAUGACAUUUGUUUUCGUACAUUAAAAUUAACAACACCAACAUAUGGUGAUCUUAAUCAUCUUGUUUCAUCAACAAUGUCAGGUGUUACUACAUGUCUUAGAUUUCCAGGUCAAUUAAAUGCUGAUCUUAGAAAAUUAGCUGUAAAUAUGGUUCCAUUUCCACGUCUUCACUUUUUUAUGCCAGGUUUUGCACCAUUAACAUCUCGUGGUUCACAACAAUAUCGUGCAUUAACUGUCCCUGAAUUAACUCAACAGAUGUUUGAUGCUAAGAAUAUGAUGGCUGCAUGUGAUCCACGACAUGGCCGAUAUUUAACCGUUGCUGCAAUAUUUCGCGGACGAAUGUCAAUGAAAGAAGUUGAUGAACAAAUGUUAAAUGUACAAAAUAAGAAUUCAGCUUAUUUUGUUGAAUGGAUUCCAAAUAAUAUUAAAACAGCUGUUUGUGAUAUUCCACCACGUGGUCUUAAAAUGUCCGCAACAUUUAUUGGUAAUAGUACAGCAAUUCAAGAAUUAUUUAAACGUAUUGGUGAACAAUUUACGGCUAUGUUCCGACGAAAAGCUUUUCUUCAUUGGUAUACUGGCGAAGGAAUGGACGAAAUGGAAUUCACUGAAGCUGAAUCAAAUAUGAAUGACCUUGUAAGUGAGUAUCAACAAUAUCAAGAUGCUACAGCUGAAGAAGAAGGCGAAGGUGGUGAACAAGAAGAAGAAGAUCGUGCAUAA